AUGCAACAGAGGCCAUGGUUGAAGUAUAGUAUUACAAAGGACAGAGCAUUUUGUGCAUAUUGUAUAUGCUUUGGAGGAAAGAAGAACAUUCCAGGGAAUACCGCAUGUUCUUCAAUUUUCCCCCCAUUCAUGUCAUGUGGAUUUAGCAACUGGAAAAAAGCAACUGGAAAAGAUAACUACAUUGAUCAACACAUGUUAAGUGAAGCCCAUCAGACUGCAGAAGCAAUGGCCCAUUGUUUUCUUGCCACGUGUCAGCCAGGUAAAGAUAUUGUAGCGAAACUAUCUAAGCAAAACUCAGAGCAACAAAUCCGUACAAAAAAGGGAUUAUUAUCUAUCAUCGAUGUCAUCAUCAAAUUGGCAAUGUGA